GCCGCCACAGCAGCAGCACCACUAGCAGCGGGUGCAGCAGCAGCAGCGGGUGCUGCAGCACCCGAGGAGGAGGAAGAGGAGGAGUAUGUGGUGGAGAAAGUGUUGGACCGCCGGGUGGUGAAGGGCAGAGUAGAGUUUCUGCUGAAAUGGAAGGGCUUCUCAGAGGAGGAUAACACGUGGGAGCCGCAGGACAACCUGGACUGCCCCGACCUCAUCGCAGAGUACAUGCAGAAGCAUAAAGAGAAGGAGGAGAAGAAGAAGGAGGGCAAGAGGAAAGUCGUCAGUGAGACCUCGGGAGACUCGGAGGAGCGAGGGAGCAAGAGGAAGAAAGAGGAGGGUGAGAAGGCCAGAGGUUUCGGCAGAGGUCUGCAGCCGGAGAGGAUCAUCGGAGCGACGGACUCCAGUGGAGAGCUCAUGUUCCUCAUGAAGUGGAAGAACUCUGACGAGGCUGACCUGGUCCCCGCCAAGGAGGCCAACGUUAAAUGUCCCCAGGUGGUGAUCUCUUUCUACGAGGAGCGCCUCACCUGGCACUCUUACCCCACAGAGGAGGAGGAGAAGAAAGAGGAGGAGAAAAAGGACUAGAUGAGUGGUGGUGGAGGAGGUGCAAAGACGGAAAAAAAAAACGGAAGUGUUGAGGGGCGGGAAAUAAACAUUUAGCUGGUUAACGUUGGUUUGCUGGUAAUUGAUUGUAGCAGCCACUUUGGCAGCAAGAGUAGAGAGAAUCACACAUGAUUAGGGUUGAACUGCCAAGGUAGCUGACCGAGGAAACGUGUUUGUUUUCCUGCCCUGAGAGGAGACAGGCGCACUUUCCUCCUGUUUUCCACCUGUAUCUCGACUGAAAAUGUAAAAAUCUGUUCUUUGUGCCACCCGGGUUUCUCAUUUAUUUUCUACAUUCUCCAAUCGGAACUCUCAGCACGCUCGGAGCAUUCCUUAGUUUGCCCGGCUCGCUAUGUUUAACACGCGUUUUUUGAUAUUUGCAUAAUUACAACGGCAUAGAACUUUGAACUCGGCACGAUUGACUCUCCCACACGAGGGUGCUCUCUCUGCUGCCUAAUGUUCAUGUGUUGUGUAUACUGUAUUAAAACUAGCAUAGUAGCUUCCAGACCAAGGGGUUGCUGGUUCAGAUCCCUUUUUGCUUUGGGUGGCCUUUUGCUGCUGGUACUGACCAUGAAGAGAGAAAUUAUAUUGUAAUGGAUCCAUUAAUUUCAUCUUGAUGAUGAUUUUUUUUAAACAAAUUUGCCUUUUCUUUCUCAUUUUGAUGAGCCCCGAACCAUCAGUGACACGUGACAGAAGACACGUACAAACCCAAAGGGUCCAAUUCUUCAAAACAGGCGACGAGGUUGUGUAAGCAUAUCAAAACUACAUCGUACAACAAAGGCCAAACGAUGUGAUGUAUUUUAGUUUUUCGUUCUCUAAAGUUAGUUUGCUCAGCUGUGAAUAACUUCUAACAUAUGAGGUGUGACUUGCUGUAACUAUUGUAUGUUAGUGUGUCUAUACUGGGUCUCAGUCUACCCUUUCUACUCUGUUUUCACGCGAAAAAAUAUUUCCAGUAAACUUCCUUUUUUAGGACUUCUGGUCUUUGGGAUGCAUCUUAUUUUCUUCACCAUGUAAAUCAGUGUUAUGAGCAUUAAGUCCUGCACCCUGACUGCCUUAUGUUAUACUUCACCAUUGACAGGAAGGGAUCAAAUCAGCUGCACCCGGGUCUGCUAGUUAGCUUUUCUAUAUCGUCCCUGAAAUGUUUCUCUGUAUUUAGCGGAUGAGCUUGUGUCGUCCUGUUGCAUGUUUAUCAGUUUCCCUUCGCGAUGUCACUGUCAUGGCCAAUCUACUUUUACUUGUCUGUUUUGAACAAUAAAGGGUUUUCGUAACAGUUUUUUCUUCGGUG